AUGGCGGAGGGUCGUGGCUUUCCUGGCAUGUUGGGUAGCAUUGACUGCAUGCAUUGGCAGUGGAAAAAUUGUCCAAAGGCGAGGAAAGGUAUGUACAUGAGUGGUUAUCGUGGGGUUGCAACCAUAGUACUUGAGGUUGUAGCAUCUUCAAACCUUUGGAUAUGGCAUGCGUUCUUUGGAGUUUCUGAUUCAAAUAACGAUAUCAACGUGUUAGAUCGUUCUCCAAUGUUUGAUGAUAUUAUAAAUGACCAUGCUCUGGAGGUAAAUUAUACUAUUAAUGCCACAAGGGAAGAAACGCUAGUUAUUUGCACAAUACCAAGAAAGGCAAAGGAGCGAGCAUUCGGAGUGUUGCAAGCACGCUUUGCAAUUAUACGUGGUCCAGCUCGCUUUUGGAAAAAGAAGAAGCCUGCCAACAUAAUGAGAGCUUAUAUUAUAUUGCAUAAUAUGAUUGUUGAGGAUGAAAGAGACACUUAUGCAGGAAAUUUUGCUCAAGACUUAGAGGAUGAUGAUGUCGAAAAUGGCUUAUCACAACCUCAGUUGGGAGAAGAAGAUUUUGCACCUACCAUCAAUUUCUCCAAAGAAAUGCCCAACUUCAAAAUAGGCAGCAGCAUUGACAAUUGA